GCUUUGGGCGGGCCAAAAGGAAAGCGGGGUCCUUCUCUAGAGCGGUCGCACAGGCAGCGGCUCUGUGAAACCGGGCUCAGGCAACAUGUACUACAAGUUUAGCGGUUUCACGCAGAAGUUGGCUGGAACGUGGGCUUCGGAAGCCUAUAAUCCGCAGGGGUUAAGGCCAGUGGUUUCCACAGAAGCACCGCCUCUCAUAUUCGCCACACCGACUAAGCUGUCCUCCACUGUGACGGCGUACGACUAUGCAGGGAAGAACAAAGUUCCCGAGCUGCAGAAGUUCUUCCAGAAGGCUGACGGUGUACCCAUCCACCUGAAACGAGGACUUCCUGACCAAAUGCUUUACCGAACCACCAUGGCGCUGACUAUCGGAGGGACCAUCUACUGCCUGAUCGCCCUCUACAUGGCUUCACAGCCCAAAAACAAAUGAAUUAGCCUGCCGGGACUGGUUUACUUUGUGGCAUAAACCCUUUGAAUUUUCAGUUUUCUGAUUUCUUUUUUCCUACUUGGAUGGUCUACUAACAUUUUUGCAAACAAAGGAAAAGAUAAGAGCACAAGUGUUUAUCAGUUGUUUAUGAAAUGCAGGUGGCCUCUCAGAUGUCAGACUCAUUGGACAGUUAAAACUGUUGUUUGAGCCGGGUGGUGGUGGCGCACGCCUUUAAUCCCAGCACUCGGGAGGCAGAGGCAGGCGGAUCUCUGUGAGUUCGAGACCAGCCUGGUCUACAAGAGCUAGUUCCAGGAUAGGCUUCAAAGCUACAGAGAAACCCUGUCUCGAAAAACCAAAAAAAAAAAAAAAAAAACAAAAAAAAACUGUUGUUUGAGGGAGUGACACUGAGCCGUAUUUGUGCUCCUGAUUUCCCUGGAGGUUCUGGAUGGAAGUUGCUCACUGCCUCAUUAAUGGCAGAGAGCCUGUGCUCAGGGCGUCUGGGACCCGAGGCUGUGUCUAAGCAGGAACUCCAGAAGCCUUUCUGGGUUUAGGUGUGACUGAGGGAGGAAGACAGCAGCUGGAGAGGUCCAACAUGUGAAAUGAGGGCUUCGAGUUAGCCUUCUGGGGCUUUUUCCACCUUGCUGCGAAAUGUUAGUAGAAAUUAUUUACAAUCUGCCUGUUUGUUGGGCAGUUUGUUUCAAAGGGUUAUUGCUGCACCCAGCUCCUUAGUGAAAUUUUGUAUCUCUAUCAUGGAAAAGAGAACACUUGUCAGUGUUGCGCUUUAGAUGGCUGGACCAGAAAUUCUUCAAUAAUGCUAUGGCUAUAAGUCAUGAUUUAUUUGACUGUGGAAUAAAUACAUGAAUAAUAA